AAAAAGAUUUCGUUUGAAGAAUUUGAAUUGAUAAUGAUAAAACCAGAAAUUUAACAACAUGAAUAUUUUUAGUAAGCACUUUUCGAGAAAGAAACAAGACAAGAGGAAAUCAUUGGAGCAGUCGUCUAUUAGUGCUGGAAACAGUCCAUUGAGAGUACCAAGAAACCAGCGGCCUUUGAGCCAAUGCCUGAACAUAGCACCCAGGACAUCCGCUUAUGAAGAUGGGAAUACCGUCACCAAAGAGUGGGAGUGCAAGCUGUGUAAGAAAGAGCUAGCUGAACCUCGACUGUUGGGGUGCCUACAUAGUUUCUGCACGAGAUGCCUCCAAGGUCUUCAUCAGGAAGGAGAGGCGGAGGCUUGGAGCGAAGUAGACAUUGGAUCUAUUCAGUUAGAACAUGGCGAGUCGUCAGGCGGGGUCUCGGCCGCGUCGGGCUACGAGAGCGACCUCCACAAUUCUGACUCAGAGGACAGUUGGGAACAUAAGUCUCGCAAGCACGGAAUAUUAACUAGAAAGGUUUCAGGUAAAAGCGUUCAGUUUCUACUAUGUCCAACUUGCGGUCACGAGACCCCGCUACCCCUGGGGGGUAUAUCCGCCCUGCCACUGAACUAUGUGCUGCUGCGGAAAAUGAUGGCCGCGGAGAGGGAGCGGGGCAAGGCCAGCGUACUUUGUGAUCUUUGUAACAGUGACACUAAGGCGGAGAGUCGCUGCAGUCAGUGCUUGGUCAGCCUGUGCAGUUCUUGUGGCGAUUCGCACCACAGACAAAAGGCCACUUCACGGCACUCGCUGCACCCACUAGAUCCUCUGCCCGUCAAGUACUGCAGUCAGCAUCCGAAGGCUGAGCUCAGCGUCUACUGCGCUACAUGCCAACAAGUGAUAUGUCGGGACUGCUGCAUCAUAGCUCACUCGGGGCACGCACUAGCGAACGCGUCCCGAGCGGCGGCCGAGCGGGCCCGACUACUGCGGGACGCGUGCGAGCGAGCCCGGCUCGUGCCCGACAACGUGGAGCGAGCCACCCGCAUACUAGACGACGAGGCGUUCCAAAGCGACUCUGGCGCGGCGCGCGUGGAGGGCGAGGUGAUGGCGUGGGCGGAGCAGUACGUGCGCGCGGCGGCCGUGCACGCCGCAGCACUGCGGGCGGCCGCCGCGCGCGCCCGCGCCCAGCACCGCGCGCGCGUGCGGCGCCGCCGUCGCGCGCUCCGAGAACGCGCACUGCACGCGCACCACGCCGUACACUUCGCGGAGGAGCUCCUCUCAGAAGCUAAAGAAGACGAGCUCCUGUCCCUCAGCGGAGCGGUUCUCCGUCGCCUUGAACGGCUCACUGAACUGCAGCCACUAUCAGAUACCCCAAAAUGUGAGCUGAGAUUCGCUCCAACUGCUCCGGCCCCACACGACCCCACCCUGGUGGGGAGACUGUUCACUCAGGCCCCGGAUCCUGAAAAAUGUGUGCUGAACACUGAAGGCCUUCAAGAUCUCCAGGUGGAUUGCGAGCAUGAAGUAAUAUUAGAAUUGCGUGACAGCAGCGGUGAACGCAUUUGGUGUGGUGGUGAACAGGUGGCGGGGCUGCUGCGGCGCCGCGACGCCCGCGCGGCCCCGGCGGCGGCGCGCGUGCGGGACCGCGGCGACGGCUCGUACGCGCUCGCGCUCGCCCCGCGCACCCCGGGCGCCUACCUCCUCGCCGUCACCCUGCACGACGCGCCCGUACGCGGGAGUCCGUUUCUGUGCGCGGCCCGGGUACCGAAGCCGCACUGGGGCGUGUUCCACUGCUGCGCGUUCUGCUCGUCGGGCGGCCGCCGGGACGCCGUCUGUGGCUGCGGCGGAGUCAUGCCCGGAGGAUAUAAAGGGUGCGGGCACGGUCACGCGGGGUGGCCGGGCGCGCGGCACUGGUCGUGCUGCGGACGCACCGCGCGCGCCGCCCCCUGUGCGGGGGCCGGGCCCGCCCCCGCCCCCGCCGCCCCCUGUGGGGGGACCGGACCCAGUGGGGGGGCCGGGCCCGCAGCCCCCGCCGCCCCCGCACGGGACGCCGAACUCUACCAGUUCUCGCUGUAG